CUGAUGCAGGGAGCUAGUGAUUCAGAUGCUCCUUCUCCAGAGCUGGCAGACACCAUGUGUGAUACUGCAGAAUUCAUUAGUCGGUACCAGUGGGUGUGGGACGUACAGAUGACGAGAUUAUUUCAAAUGAAGCACUGGAACAGGAUUCCUUCAGAGUGGUGGGGUCCACUACUCCAACUGAACACAGAACAACUCAACCAACUGCCAUUUGGGUUCACCGAGCCGAACUGGCCUCAGUCUCUCCGGACCUUCGUCGCUGGUAGUCAGAGGGUGUGUCUCGAAAGAUCAGUGCCGGAUUGGGUGUCGGCCAUGGCGGUUCCAGUGGGCGGAGUCUGUGCCAGGAAUAUGACUCCAAAGAAGACACAUGAGGUGAGUAGAAUGGCAGGUGUGGUUGCUGAAGUCUGCAGGAGCACCGGCUGCUCCAUUGUUUUGGACGUUGGCUCUGGACUGGGAUAUUUGGGAGGAGUGUUGAGGGAGAUGUGUGGACUGAAAGUGGUGGGAGUGGAGAGAGAGGGAGAGAGAGUAGCAGCUGCCAGGCGGAGAGCUCCGUCCCUCGUCUCCACUGUCCAACUCGACAUCUCCGACUCCCACCACUGCCAGACACGAUUGUCCUCUCUU